AGGCAGUCACCUCAUUUCCUUUGCCACUGCAAUUGCUGAAAGGAAGAACAGGCUAUUUGCCAGCUAAUCAGCCUCCAGUCAGACGAAAGGACGACCUCUCCAGCUCAGUGAACAGACAUGGCUCCAUGGGGUGAUGGAAAGCUCCUCUUCUGCGUCCUCUUCCUCACCUGCUGCAUAGCGACUUUGGCGCACAUGCCCAUGGACUGCUGCAUGAGUACAAGCAGGCCUACAAUUGUAAAACAAUCAGUUGUAGACUACCGUCGACAGGUCAAGGGACAGGGCUGCCCUAUUGAUGCAAUGAUUUUUUUGACCAGACAUGGGAAGAAACUCUGUUCAGUCACAGACUUGCCGGGGCUCAGUGAGGUGAUGACACAUGUGGAUAACUUGAAGAAACGGUGCAAGGAUGGCACAUAUAAGACCAAACGCUGCUUUGGAGUGAAUCGUGUGUAAAGUGAGAGUGACCUCUGACCUCACAACAUUGCCGCAGCAAGAACAACAGAGCAAGGGUGGAAUACCCCAAAAGGAGCAAAGGGUGGAUCACACCAAUAAUAAAUAGAUGUCUUUUCUCUCUUUUUUUUUUUUACAGAAAAGCUUUUUUCAUAUUUCUCUUGUCUGUAUUACAUCAAAUAGAUUUGGUACAUAUGGUUCAUUCGGUACAUUCACUUUAGUUGUAAAAAAAAAUAAAGCACUUUGAAGGAUUUUUAACAUUUUCUGUGGUAUUACUGUUUUCAAUGGCUAUAGAAGAAACUGAAUCUUAAUUUAAAAUGUGAAAAUGUGUGUGUACCUCAAUAAGUUAACUCUGCAAAACUGAGCUUUUUUAUGUAAAUUUUAUACCUUUUAAAAAUAAAGUCUAGUUUUCCCAAA